AAAGGAAAAAAGAAAAAGACGUAUCAAAGGAAGGAUCAUUGAGAUUCGUGAAAGUUGACCAAGCCGGAUAUAUUUUAUUUUUCGCAUAAGAUCUUUCCUCGUUCUUUUUUCUGUCUUGUAAUUUUUUUAAGCAUUGCGAAGAUAAUUUUCUUAUGGAGCAAGAUCAUUUUGGGGUUGAAUAAAAUGUUUUUGAAGAGAUGAGUGGAGAGGCAAUUCUCUUAUGGGACCAUGAUGUUGAGAGAGGCUUCUGAUACGGGCCCCAAUACUCCCUUCUUUCUUACUGCUUUGCUAGAAAGGUGACUAUGCCAAGAAGACAGGAGGUAUCGAGCACGCCUCGCGUAUACCCAGUCACCUUUCUCUCUUCGUGACCGUAGCAUAUGUUUUGCGACCGUCGAUGGCGCUCUCGCGGCUUUGAAAACGGCGCUAUCAUUAACGCUGCUCCAUCGGUCUCGUAAGCUUCGCUUACGUUGACUCCUCCCUCGAAAGGAGUUUUUCUUUUCUUUUUGACGGAAAAAGCGUUUCGAGUUUGUGCCUAUUUUCUUGCUCGAAUUUUAGCACCUGCAAGAGCGUCACGUACAGUCGAUUUGAUUUUCUCCUUGAUUUUCAAAUUAUCUUUCUCAUUUUGUUUCUUUUCUUUUUUUAAUUUUUUUUUUGUUCUCCUUUACUUUCUAUCAAUUUUCUUUUCCUUCUUCUACAUUUUCUGGUAAUUCGUGCAUAAAGGAGAAAAUCUAUUUAAUAACGAUCGGACGUCCGUAUCUCCUCGCGUGUGUGUGUGCGCUCGCGCGCCAAUACGAUAAAAAAGGGCGGCUUUUACACAUAGCCGUGAUAUCUGAAUUUUUUCUACUCACUGUUCGCGUUGAGAAAAAUAUAGAGAAUUUUGAUUUACGUUAAAAAAACAAGAUUCGGGAAGAUGAUACUCCUCAGUGGUCUUUUGCUAUUCCUGGCCGUAUUCUCGAGAGUGGGUUGUCAACGAAAUACACCGCGAAGUGCGAGAGCCAGUAGAAAUGAUGCAGCUUUGGAGUUUGAAUGUCCCGAAGAGUUUGGUUAUUAUCCUCAUCCUCGAGAUUGUACGCAGUACUAUGUUUGUGUCUUUGGUGGUGCUUUGCUCGAAUCUUGCACGGGUGGUUUGAUGUACAGCCAUGAAUUGCAGACGUGCGAUUGGCCACGUAACGUUGGCUGUCCUGAAAGUGGUUCGGUCAACAAGGAGAUCGAUGAGGAUCCGCUGUUGGAAAGAUCUACCAAAAUCGAGUCGUUGCAACAACAACAACAACAACAGCAGCAGCAGCAACAACAGCAACAGCAGCAACCUUUGCAACGACCGAUCCAAAGGCAACCGGUUCUGAUCACUUCAACAGCUUCUCCAGCACCUCAGACCACGGAACGGCAAUAUCGUCAGCGACAACAAGCUAGAAAUUAUCCUGAGGACGAUUACGAACCUCCCAGCGAGAUUGAGAACGAUAGACAACAACGUGUCUACAGAGGACAACCUUCGACGAUAGGACAAGUGCAACGUGACCGUGAUGGACUUCGUAGAAACAUCAUAUCUGAGAGAGAAAAGGAGAGCCUGGUGAAUGCACGCGUUCAAGCGGAAUCUCAUUUCAGGACUCAGGUACCUUCAACGGAGUCAUCUAGAAUCGCUAAAACUUUGGCGUCCACGGUAGCACCGAUCAUAUCGAAAUCAUAUUACAAUGAUCCUGAUCAAAGUUAUCCUUAUUACACAAUUUAUGAGGAUGACGUAUCCAUGUAUAAGGAUGACGAUUACAAUCAAUACACGGUGAAUCAAACAGUUCCACUGCAACAGCCAAACGUGAAGAUAAGCGAAGUUAGUACGAAACAAUAUCCACAAAAAUCGAAAAAAGUUAGCGUUAACGACGCGGAUAGAUAUAAUCUGAAUCAUGACGUUACUGCACAGGACUAUGAUAUCUAUGAGAAUCAGGCUCAAUUAAACAAAAAUAAAUUCAGAAUCUCCGAAGGACAGCCACCUCUAAGGACAAACGUGGUAAGUCAUCCAGUGGUCCAUGUGACGACUCCGAAUGCCAUUGUUGACACCUUUGUCCCAUUAACGACUACUACUCAAACACCUACGACAAGUGCCAGGCCUUACACAGUUAGUGUUUCAAGUCGAGGCCGUCCACAACAAAUCAACCGAGGCACUGCGCCACCUCGUUCACGACCCACGUUGAAACCAUCGACGGAGAUAGUUUCGAAGGCGCAAGAAUUCAUCGAUAUCUACCGAUAUCCACCGGUUAGACCAGCCCCGAUUUAUCCGACACCUCAAGUCGACAAGCCUGCAGCGAAAUGUCGAAGAGACGUCUGUCUACUUCCGGAUUGCAGCUGUGGUGGUGCCGACAUUCCAGGUGACUACCUUCCGGAGGAGAUCCCACAAAUCGUCUUGUUGACGUUCGAUGACUCUGUGAACGAUCUAAACAAGGGCCUCUACGCCGAUCUCUUCGAGAAGGGACGAAAGAACCCGAAUGACUGUCCUAUCUCAGCAACCUUCUACGUAUCCCACGAGUGGACCGACUACAGCCAGGUCCAAAAUCUCUAUUCUUCCGGUCAUGAGAUUGCCUCCCACACGGUCUCGCACAGUUUCGGGGAACAAUUUUCACAAAGAAAAUGGGCACGAGAAGUAGCUGGACAGCGUGAAAUUCUUUCGGCUUAUGGAGGUGUCAAGUUGGAAGAUGUUAGAGGAAUGAGAGCUCCAUUCUUGUCGGUCGGUGGAAACAACAUGUUUAAAAUGCUGUGGGAUACGAACUUCACCUACGAUUCGUCGAUGCCAAUUUAUGAGAAUAGACCUCCUAGCUGGCCUUACACGUUGGACUACAAACUCUUCCACGACUGUAUGAUACCUCCUUGCCCCACCAGAUCUUAUCCUGGAUUGUGGGAAGUUCCUAUGGUAAUGUGGCAAGAUCUGAAUGGUGGUAGGUGUUCUAUGGGAGACGCUUGCAGUAACCCGCCAACUGCCGAUGGAGUCUACAAGAUGCUUAUCAAGAACUUCGAGAGACAUUACACGACUAACAGAGCACCGUUCGGUCUCUUCUAUCACGCGGCAUGGUUCACUCAACCUCAUCACAAAGAAGGCUUCAUAUCUUUCCUUGACACGAUCGUUGCUAUGGAUGACGUUUGGGUUGUAACGAAUUGGCAAGCUAUUCAAUGGAUUAGAAAUCCAACGCCUCUAGCUCUGAUGCAUAAUUUUGAACCAUUCAGUUGCAAUUUUGCGGAUCGACCGAAGAAAUGUAACAAUCCGAAAGUUUGCAAUCUUUGGCAUAAAAGCGGUGUUAGGUAUAUGAAGACCUGUCAAGCUUGUCCAGAUAUUUAUCCAUGGACGGGCAAAACUGGUAUUAGGAGCAGUCGCAUCGAUAACGAAAUCGAUACUCACGAAUGAGAUGACAAACCGAUCAACUUGGCGAUCGAGACCCACCAAUGAGGACGAAAGAGACAAAAGGAAGAAUACGAUACAUAGCUCAUACAGCAUCCGUGUUCUUAUAUCUCUCGUUCCUUUGAACAAACAGUUCGAGUACGCCAAAUUGUUUUAUUUUUCUUUAAUUUUUCUACUUUUUCACUCCUUUUUUCUUUUCUUUCUUUUCUUUUUUUUUUCUUUUUCAUUUUUCUUUUCUUAAUUCUAUUAUUGAUCGAGAAGAAUAAAGCAAGCAACGUGGCUAAAACUUUCGCGACUUUGGUGGGUCUGCGUAAGUGUAAUCAAAAAAAAAAUCCAGUCCUUUCUAGAAAAGAUUUCAAAACAGGACUGUUGCAUAGGUCGAAACACACGUAUGUGUUAAAAAAAAAAGACUUUGUUCCUUUAUCCUUCUUUCUCUUUUUCUUUCUUAUCUCGUCCAAUCGGUUAACCACGAUAAUAUAACGACGUUACGAUAUAAUAAUUGUAUACAAAUACGUUAAAAUGGUAAUUGCGUUAUAUUGUUGAAACAGGGUAACUUGACACGAUACGAAUAGAACUAUUAAAUUAUUUCGAAGCAAUAUAUUAAGACGGUGGGCAUUGAUUCAUGCGAACCGAUGAACGUGGCGCGAAUCGAUGACUGAGAGUCGGUGAAGCGUAGUAACUUUUAUCUUCUUCUUCUUCUUUCUUCGUCUAAUUUUUUUUUUUCUUUAUUUCUAUUAUCUUCUUGCUUUUUAUCUUUCUAUUAUCUCAUCAUUUUCUACGUACGUGUCUUCCUCAUAUUUUCUUUUCUUUUCUUUUAUUUUAUUAUAAGUCUUCCUCUUUUACCUACUUCGAAAUCUUUCAACAUAUUCUUGGCGUACUCAGAAAAAAUUCAAGAUAGAGCAAGUAAUCACGAGUAAUAAAUAUUAAUAAUAAUAAUAAUAAUAAUAAUAAUAAUAAUAAUAAUAAUAAUAAUGAUAAAAUAAUAAUAAAACGAUAACGAUAAUAAUAUUCGCGGAAAAAAAAUGAGAAUGAUCGCCGAUCAUAAGGUUUCGUACAUCAUUUCGUGAUAUGUAUUAUCAUCCACCGAGGUUCGAAUGUGCGGAGAUCACUUUGAUGGAAAUUUAUUAAAAAAAUGUUGAAAGAAAAA